AUGACAUCCUCAACGACUCGGCCCGAGGACACAGUACGUGGACUGCGCUUGAACCGCAGCGAAACAGACGAAGAUGAAAUGGAAAAUGGAACGCCGGAGUCAGGUAGCUUCCUGGCGUCACAAAGCGAUGACUCUCCGUACCCCGACGAGGGAAGUCGACCGAGCACUGCUUUAGGAGACGCCUCAGAGACUACCAGCAAGCAACCGGCUGGGCUAAAAACUCUCAGCCCCGAGGAAACUAUUGAGCUAGCACGACAUGCUGUUGAAAGUGGAAUUCAAGAUACCAAGCGUUCCCUAGCAGGCAGCGAGGCCGUCACAGAUGUGGUCAAGCCUAAGCUGACCAUUGACCUUGGUCAUUCACACAUUGCCAGGAUCCCUGAACCAGUCGUUGACUUGAUCAAGGAUGAGGUUGAACGGCUGUCUCUGUCGAACAACCAACUUUUCCAUAUUCCCUAUCGCUUCGCAGAGUGCUCGCAUCUACGAUAUCUCAAUAUUAGAGCAAAUAACUUCCGUGAAUUCCCCAAAGGGGUAUACAAACUACCAUUACUCGAAAUUCUUGAUUUAAGUCGAAAUAAAAUUAAGGAAUUACCAAAUGAGAUCAGCAAAUUGAAAUCAUUGCGGGUUCUGUCAGUGAUGCAAAAUCGCCUCAUCGAUCUCCCAGCUGGCCUAUCCGAGAUGCAUAAACUUCAAAUUUUUAAGUGUGUUGGGAAUCCUCUGCGGAAGCCACUGCGUGAUAUUCUGGAGGAAACCGAGAACGAGAUGACACCAUCUGGGAUGACUGACAACGAAAAAGAAGUUGCAGCCACAACUAAACUUAAGAGAUUUCUUAUGAAAUCGCGACAGCAGACGAGUACACCCGAGGCAGAAAUUAUUACUGAUACAAGUGAUGCUACUUUUGAGCCUAAACCGGCACCAACACCAAUACCUUCAAAGCGGAAUUUGAGUGGUCGGUUUCCAGUAAUUCCCAGCACCGGUGAUAGCUCAGCAGCCUCAUCUCGGUCCCCAUCGAUAUCACGGCCACCACCAAUCCCAUUAAAAUCACACUAUCGCAUGGCCUCUGGACAACAAGGGGCUACCUACCACCUGCCCGGUCUCCAAAGACCUGGCAUAGCACCUCAUUCUAUCAACGAACGCAAUCGAAGCAAUAGCGAGGGCAUAAUCCAAGGAUCAUCUGUUGCUCGUAGCAAAAGAAUGGGGCUGAUAACUCGCAAGAAUACUGAUUUGGGUACAUUGGAUGAAACGCGCCCAUAUCGAAACAGCCAUCUACGGGGUCUCAGUCAUGGAUCCGUGCUUCGACCGCGUCAGCCUGCGGCGCCAGGCGCCGCGAAUGAUAGUACUCCCCCGAGUCCCACCAGCCCAAGAGAGCGCCGACGUCCGCGAGAUGGCUGGGUUAAUCGGAUGUCUAGUCUGCCUGAACACAAGGGUGAGCGUGGAUCUGACGAACCGAUAAUCAAGAGUGCAAAAGGUAUUUUGUUUGCCCUCGCUCAAGUUCAUUCUCAUAUCGAUACAUUGAUCAACGUGAUCAAGCAUGAUGAUACCAGACGCCACAGCCUCGAACUUGUCUUUUACAAUGCUUCCUCACAUGUUGACCAACUCAAUGAUGCCCUCGAGAAAGCAUCAAAUACUUUGCUCAAUGACCCAGAAUCAAUCGUAUCAGUCACAGAAACAGUCAAACGUGAAUGCGAGACGUGCAUCGCUGCCUACAUUCACGUCGGCACACAGCUACGCAAUAAUGUCGCCAAGAUCGUUUCCAACGGCGAUCCGCGCUAUGUACGAUCGCUGAUGCUGACGAUGUUUGGCAGCCUGGUGGAGCUACGGAAUGCUUGUGUUAUUCUCAAUGUUCCUCUCCAGACCAUCAACAAACGUGGCUCUGCUGCAAAGCGCUUGAUUGGCCCAAGCAACCCACUUCCCCCGGUCCCAGACCGAUCUCACCUCCCGCUGGCCACUCCAACAAGAGAUCCCACGCCGCCCACACGACGAUUGCGAAGCGACACGACAAUUCGACACCCUCAAUAUCCCAUGACUAUGAAUUCCAACCAGACUAGCAUCAGCUCUCCGUCGUACCCACGCAGUCGCUCGAGCAGCAGAUCAAACAUGAUCAACUCGCUGGCAACCCCUCGCUCAGGCGAAAGCUUCCCUCCUAUGCCGGUUCCCGCGGCACCCCGCGUCAACACACUGACUGGACUGGAUGAGAACGAAGAGGAGCGAAUAUUCGAAAAGAUCUUCCAUCAGCUGACUGCUACAUACCAUGCCGCAUACGGGGCACUUCCACUGGCCCGUCGGCAAUUCAUAAGGUGUUUAGAAGCUGCUCAACAAUCACGAGAUUCAGAGGGAAUCCAAAUCCUCUGGAACAAUCUCAUCCGUCGAUGUCAGUUUUGUCUGGAAGUUUCAGACGCCCUAGGACAGCGUCUGUCGACCAUGAAAAUCAAAGAACCAGGUGGCGGACUCCGCAACCAGCGUGAGUUCUGGCAGCUUUGCAAAUCAUUCAUGCAGUCGUUCGUCGACCUAGUGAACGAGAUGCGCGAGUUGAGAAGUAUGCAGCUUCUACCUGCCGACGUCAUCAUCCUUCUACGCCCAGUCCAAAAGGCAAGCCGGGAAGCAGGCCGCUUGAUCGAGGUAUCUCCUUGGGCCUACCUUGCAGACCCGGACCGCCAUCCCGCUCCUAGUGCCUUAUAUGGUCCUCUGCUACAGGCCUCACACAUGCAACACCAUCAAACAUCCGUCUCAACAUCCGCCCUCACCAACAACCCAUCUUUCCAAUUUAACAUGAUGAUGCCCCCGCAAUCAGUCACCGUUCCUGCCACUCCGCUGAGUGCGGCGCUUGGCCCUGCUGCGCAGGCCACUGUUCCGUCCACGCCGGCCAGUGCAUACAGUGACAAAUUCUUCGAGGGUGAUGUCUUCCAGCGUGCUGACUCGCUUCUCUCGGCGAACCAAGCCUCAUUUUUCCGUCGCUAA